AUGAGUGCCGGCCGCGCAUCUCCGAAAUCAUCAUUUUCAAGAUCAUCACUUGUCUAUCCUAAUAAGACACGAAAUAGCUAUUCUAACAAUAAUAGCAAUAAUCCUUUCACUCGGCCAAAGACUCAAAUGACACAAAAGCGCCAGGAGCCCGAAGAAAUUCCUUCAUAUUUAGAAGACUCAGAAUGCGUUUCACUUCGUGAAAGCAAUUGGGAAGAACCAAAUUUCAGCGAAAUCGAGGAUGAGCAAUUGAAAAAACUCGUCACACACUUGAAUGAAUAUUCAACGAGCUGUGCCUCAAAGGAAAAUUACAAAGAUGCAAAACGCGCCGCUGAGCUUUCAAAUCUUGCGAUGAAAGAACUCAAUUCAAGACUUAAACCAAAGACAAGAUCAACAAAGAACACUGAAUCUCCUGACGAUGCCAUUGAAAAAGCCAAGGAGAAAUAUAAAGAAAGGAACGAAAACACCGACAGAGAAUUUGAUGAGAGAUUAGCGAAGAUUCAAGAAAAGCAUCAGCAAGAAAUGGAAGCAUUCAACAAGAAAUGGAGUGAAGAAAUGCCUCAAAAAUACAGAAAACCAUCUCAACAAAUUUUGCAAAUGAAAAAGAUUGAGAAGCGCCUUGCAGCAGCUGGCGAAUUUGAUAAUGCUGAGGAUAUGCACAAGAGGACAGAAGAAUUGAUCGCUAAAGAAGCAGAUAAUGCCCAAUUAUUGCUUAUCCACGAUUAUAAGAACGCAAAAAACCAACUUCUUAGCAACCAACAAAAUGACAUCCAAGUUCUGAAAUCAUGGUAUACAACACAAAAGUCUCUCAAUGAAUCCAGAUUCUCGGUAGAUCUAUUAUCUGCAGAGAAACGCAAGAACGUUGUUAACCAGCGGACAAAAGAGAACAAUAGAACAAUUUUACGCCUUACCUCCCGCGGAAAGAUCUCGGUAAGCAAAAUGAGAAACUCUGAUAACGUUCAAGCCGUUCUCCUUCCUCCUCUCUUACCUCCCAACGAUCCUCGCCUCCGCCACCAGAAGAAGAGUGCUCAAUCCAGCCCAACUAAGAGGAACAACGAACAAUCCAAUUCGCAGCCUCAGUCUCCCAAAGAGAAAGAGGAGAACAAGGAGGAGGACAUGUCUCUUUCGGCUGUUGUUCAGGACAAACUCGAUGAUGGCCAGCUAGAGAACAAGGAAGAGGCAGUCCAGCAUCAGGAACAGGAACAGAAGGAAGAAAGCGCACAACAGAAAGAGGAGAAAGACGAUCAAGAUGAUAACGCCUCUUUGAAAGAGGUCUUUGUCGGCGCUUUGUCCAAUCCAAAGUCACCAGUGAGCGAGAAGGAAGAAGAACAGAAACAAGAAGAACAAAAUGAAACAAAACAAGAAGAACAACAGAAACAGGACGAAAACGAGAAAAAGGAAGAAGAAAUCAGCAAUCCAAUAAUAGAAAAGAUACAGGAUGCUGCAGAAAAGGUCGAAGAUAAAAUCGAUGAAAAGGAACAGAAGGAAGAAGAGCCAAAACAUGAAGAGGAAAGAGAUCUCAAAGAUGAACAAACAAAAGAAGAAAAAAUUGAAGAAGAUUUCAUUGAUGAACAAAAAGAGCCAGUGAAAGAGAAUGAACCAGAGAAAGAAAAGGAAGCAGAACAACAACCAGAGCAAAAAGAAGAAACUCAGCCAAAGCAAGCUUCUCUUUUAGGAAAUCUCCAACAACUCCUUGAAAAGAAAGAAGAGGAGAAACCUGAGGAACAAAAACAAGAAGAACCAAAACCAGAAAUGAAACAAGAAGAAGAGAAGAAAGAAGAAGAAAAGAAAGAAGAAAACACACCUGUUCUAAGCAUUGCUGGAGCAAUUGCAGAUACAAUUUCACAAGAAAAGGAAAAUGAUGAAAACGCCACAUUCCAAACAGAACAGCAAAAGUUCCAAGUUGAGCAGUAA